GCGGAUUUAGAGCAGCUCACUCUCUGGCUCCUGUCAGGUCCCUCUCAUGAACAGAUUCGACGACGUUUGAAAUGACUGAAGUGGCUCCAAGCUGCCCUGAGAUGACAGCGCUGGCCCCUCCUCCUGCACCGCUGAUCAGCAGUAGGAAUGCAUCUCCUGCUCGAUCACCAUCCAGUCACAACAACCCUGCAGAGAUGUCGGAGGCGCUGCGGGAUAAGGAGCGCCGUGCGCAGCAGCAGCUGGACCGCUCCGCCGAGGAGCGAGGGAGGAAGAUGGAUGUGCAGAAGAGGAAGGAGCAGCAGCGCCGUGCGGCAGCCGGGGAGAAGAGACGGCAGCAGCAAGAGGCAGAGAAGGAGAGGCUGGAGGCCCUGGUACGCCGGAGAGCCGGAGGCACCGAGAGACGAGGAGGAGGAGGAGGAGGAGGAGGAGGAGGUGGAGGUGGAAGGGGGGAGCCUCGGGACCACCUGGAUAACAGGCCUAAACGCUGGACAUGGGGAGGACCGCCUGAUGGAGUAGAGGGUAACCCUAAGACCCCGCCCUGCCAUGCCAUUGGCUCCGCUCAGCCCAAUGAGCUUUCUGCUGCUUCCAACGCCAGACAAUCCCGUAACGUCAGUGACUUCCUGUCUCCACCUGGGAUGGAUCAACCAAUCAACAAACAGCUCUCCAACUCUUCAGCCGCCCUCCAUUCACCGGAGAGAGUGUCUUUUGUGUCCCAAACAGCUUCCCCCAACAACCACAGACCGUACAGAAGUUCCUCCAACCGCAGGAGCAUCACUGGACUCCCCGAAGAGAUGUCCAAAGCCAAAACACCCACGGGGGAGACUGCAAACACACCGGUCCGCAGUUCUUCCUUCAGGGCCAACAGCAAGGGCCCCGCCACACCGAAACGGGUGAGGUCGAACAGGAGUCGCGCCCAGUCGCCCUGCUCCCCCGGCCAGUACCCCCCCUCCCCGCUCCGGCAGAGGGCCCCCACCCCCGGCACCGACGACAGGGGUCACAACGAGGUCAAAGGUCACGGCACCCUGGAGAGGAAAUCAACCAAAUCUGAGACCUCGGAGAAAAAGAUCCCCAAAUCCACCAGCAGAGAACUGAAUGCAGAGUCUCCGAGCACGCCCACGGGCCGGAGUGUCGGUGGGACGACGGAUGCUGAGGAGGCGUCCAGACUGCUGGCAGAGAGACGACGUCUGGCCCGAAUACAGAAGGAGCAGGAGGAGAGACAACGGCAGGAGGACGAGAGGCUGAGGGCUGAGGAGGAGCAGAGGAGGCAGCAGGAGGAGAGAGAGAGGCAGGAGAGAGCCGCACUGCAGGCCGAGGAGGAGAGAGUGAGGCGGGAGGAGGAGAGGAGGAACCGGGAGGACGAGGAGAGACGGCAGAAGGAGCAGAGAUGGAAGGACAUGCAGGAUCAGCUGGACAGAGAGAGGGAGGAGGCCUGCCUGCGUGCCCAGAAAGAGGCCGAGAGGAAGAGGCAGGAAAGAGAGCUGCUGCACAUCCAGGAGGAGCAGGAGAGGCUGCAGAGGAAGAAGAGAAUCGAGGAGAUCAUGAAGAGAACACGGAAGAAUGAAGCGGAGCCUCUGACUGGUGCUGCAGUGUCUGACAUGAGGCCGGAGGGUGCAGUCACCUCGGAGGAGGACGCCCCGACUCCAGCUGAAGCCCCCGUUAUCAUGCUGGGACCUCUGGAGAAUAAGAGCUUCGUGGACGAGCUGUCUGACGGAGUCCAGUCCAUGGACGUCAGUUCUCCAUCUGUCUCCAUCAGUCCAGUGUCCAGGGACGAGCAGCCGAGCGUUCAUGAGUUUUCCCCGCUCACAGAGGGGACGGACGGCUGCCCUCUGGAGCACCUUAUGGACCUCGACGCCCAGGGCCGAGAGCAGCGUCAGGGCACCGAGACGGCCCCCUACCCCAAACUGCAGGCCGGCAGCGGGGUCGGAGACCUCAACAAGAACCUGCUGAUUCAAGCGUACAACGGCGCCUCUGAGUCCUCUCAACUCAUCAACAGCGUCGGCCCGAGCAAACUGGACGUCCAGUAGCCAGGAGCUGGAAGUUACUGUAGAAACAGGACGACCAGACCAAGAGACCGACCGUCACUUCUGUCUGCAACAACAAUAACAACAACAAUCAUCUCCACAAGGAACAAAUGCUGAACAACUAAUUUCACAUCUGUAUUACCAAACCUCGCAUAACAGUAAAGCUUCUGGCCACAUUUUGAGGCAGUGCAAAUGGGCAAUUUUGACUCUCACAAACACAAAAACAUGCAAAUAAUGUGUUAUGACAUGGUUAUGUGGCAGAGAAGGAGGUGGGAUCAGCAUUGUUGCAUGUUUGUCAUAUGAAGAAUUUGAGUUUAGGAGAGUGAAACGAUUGUAAAAUAAGGAAACACUUGCUGCUGAAAACUUAGUUCACAUUAUAAAACUUACUGUAAAGGCAUGAGCUGAGGAUUCAAGGUUAAUGUCAGCCUAAAUCUGCACACAUUAACCUACAUUUUUGUUUACAGAUUACAUAUUUUUUUUGCAUUUAAGACAUCUCAGAAAAUUCCCAGACUUCCUGUUGUGAUUGCCCGGCUGCACUGCCACAAGAUAACACUCGAGUAUCACCCGCUUCAAUCUCUCAUCCCCCUGCUUUUGUAAAACUCUGUAAAUAGACGCGACUGGGAGUCAGGAGGAGUCAGGGAGCGGCUCUGUAGCAGAUUAUCUGGAGGGGAAGCAGUAAAAAAAAAAAAAAACCUGUUGUGUGAAUCCUGUGUAGCAUUUUCAGUGAGGACUAGCUAGUUGAGCUGUUAAUGGUUGUAGCCGUGUACUUGAACAGUGUGUGGGAGUUUCUGUCCGAUGGUUCUUGUGUGUUUAUCUCUACUGCUGACGGCGACUCCUACUUCUAUAAAAAUCCAGUCUGCUGUAGAUUCCCCCCCGUCACCCUGCUGGACGCUGGAGAAGAAAACUGAUAUUAUAACCCCGCUGUUGACCCAUAACUCUUAGCCUGUCGCUUUGGUUUUUUCCUGCUGCUCGUCACUUGAUCGAUGGACGUUUUGUGGACAAUCCACAGCGAGGACGAAAAAGGUCGGGACACACAGUGUGUUGUGUAUUUGUCUGGCACUGACUGUAACCACGCUAGCUGCAGUUUGUAGUGUGCACUUAACAGUAGUUGUGUGUUUCACUGCUCCGAAGACGCUUGUAUCUCCACACUCCCCCUCGACUAAAAUAUACCUCACCAAGUCAGAACGGAGACUGGUGUGAAGCAGCGGUCACCACCUUUCUCAUCACCUCUGAGGCCUUAAACCUCUGUGCAGUCAAAACAACCCGUCCUCUGUGCUUCGCCCUCAGGCUGUGUUUCAUGCAGCAUGUUCACUUUUUGAUGUUUAAAGGCCCUUUUCCACUAAAAGAUUGAAAGAAGAAGAGAAACAAGAACUACGAAUACCCCUCGAGCAAGUCUGUGUAAGGCAGAUCAGGUUGGAUUACCAGCAGAGCAAAGCAUGCAACUACCCCGGGGCAACCGGCUCUCAAGGGCCACUAAAGCCCCAGAUUUACUGUGUAGAUGAUCAGGGCACUAGCAAGGAUUAGAGAAAGACUGAGGUAAUAAGUCCAAACUCCCCCAGCAGAAACCCACCCACCUAAAACAAAAUCGACCAGGCACCAACCAGACUCUGUACAAAUGUCAGAGUAUUUAAGGAAAAUCACAUUCUAGUUAUUCAGUUAUAUAUUUUUUGUAAGUCUGAUCUCCCUACCUUGUGGUCUGGUGCCAGGUCUGUCAUUCUGGUGAAGAAUACUAAAUUCCUAAUUCCUAAUUUAUUGAGGUUUUUAUCUGGAAAUUGUCAAGAAAAUAUUUGAAUCAAUCUUUAAAAAACCCAAUAGGUGAAGGAUACUACAUUUCUUUAUUUUUUUUUAAAUUUAGUUUAUGUAUUAGUCUGCAUCAAAACAGUCAAAAAAAUAUUUGAAUCAACCUUAAAAAAAUCAUCCUCCUCUUCAUGCCAUUAUAAACCUUCCAAAUUCCCAAUAUGAUCUCAGUCACUGAGACUUUCGGUGGGGUGGGAACUGUUGGAAAGGAGUCAAAUUUGGAUCCAGGUGCAAAAGAGAGUUCUUUAGAAACCUUAUUGUUGUGGAAAAGCAGCUCCUCUGCUCCUCCAAGGUGCCACAUUGAGGGGGAAAAUGCGUUUACCCGUCACUGCUGCAACCUUCAGCACAUUGUUUUAUGUUCUCACUCUCCUGCCGGCUUCCCUCUCUCCAUGUUAUUCCUCCAGAUUCUGCUGAAGCUCAUCGUAAGAGGGUCUCCGGGGUCCCCUUGUAUAUGAAGUAAAAAUAAAGGACAUAAUGUUUAUCCUAAUAUUACUUAACUCUGUGACACUGCAGCUUGGUGGAAUAUAUCAUUGUAGAUGUGGUGCAUGGAUAACUGCUGAAAAAGAACAAUAAACAUCAUCAAGCCAUGUGUGUCGGUGAGCUGGAUCAAUAAAUAUAAUAAAUGGCAAACAGACACUUUUGGUUGAGGAGAUGAAACGAAGAUUCAAAACUGUAUGAGAUGUUUAAUCUUUGACGUUCAUAACAAGUGACUUAUGAAAUGACAAAUGUAGUGUAGGGCUUAAUGCAGCCACUUUUAUUUAUCAUUAUAUCUCCACUGUGUGUUGACUUCAUGCUGCACUGAAAUUAAAACUGAUCUGCAAAAGUU